AUUUCACCGGUUUUGAAAAACAUCAUACGAGUAUCAUUUAGCCAAAAGUUUGCCUUUGUUUCUUUGUUUUUGAUUCUCGAUGAUGGAUGAAGAAUUCGAUACAACACUGAAAUUGCCUGCACGGAUAUAUGAACCCGAGACUGAACCAAAUAACACCAUUGUAGUCCUGCAACAUUCGAACCUACUCUAUGUGGAUAAAAUCACAAAGUUUUUAGGAGAUUGGGAGUUGCGUAUGAUCGAAAGCUCUUAUCUCAACCCGAUUGUUAAACUCGCAAGGAGAGAGGACAUUCAGUUUUCUGCAAAGAUCUUCCACUUCCUGAUGCAAAGAAGAAUUUUGACACAAGGACAAAACUUGUAAUUUGCAUUUGCAGACCAGCCGAUGAGAUUUUCACUCAGGGAAUAUUUCCUAACCACAGGCUUGCGUUGUUGUGAACGAGAGGAGAACCCAAACCAAACAACAGGACCAUCACACGUUAAGGAUUCCAGAAGAAAACGAAGUAGAUGGCAAGCGAUCAGAGGAAAAUGAAAAUGUUUCUGAAGAUGGCAUGCAGAAAGAUACAGAAUCAGAGAAUUCUCGGUGUGAAGCAAAUUCAGAUGACAGUUAUGCUGCCGAUGAUGAUAAUACACAAAAACAUGGUGUUGUUGAAGAAACAGCUGAUUUUGUUGGUGGUGUUAAUGGUAAAAAUGCUAGUUCUGUUGGUAUGGGCGAUGAAGUAACAGAAGUUUUGGUUCAAGAAACACAAGAUCUUGGCGGCGAGGAAACUACAACCGUUGUUGAAGAUACAUAAGUUAUUUUUCAAAGUACCCAAAAAUUGGCGACGAUGAAGCUUCAAAUGGCUGUAAUAAUGAUAUAUCUCGUACGGCAACUGCAGAUUGUGGUGAGAAAAAAAACCCCCGAGGUUUCAUCGCCUAUUACACCAAAAUUCAAUUUUUUUUCCCAAGACAGUUUACAAAACAGCAUAAAUAAUGACAAUUGAGGUGAUACUAGCAGACACAAAGCUGAUGACAAAGACAAUGAGGAGUGUGACAAAAAAUAAGAAACGAGCUGCAGAAGGAUACACAGAGUGGAUUACCACGCUGGAGACAGCAGGAAAUGCUUUUACGAAAGCGGUUGCUAAAAUAGCAGAGACAGGCAUUUUCGUAUUGAAAUUAAUAGAGUGUCACUCGAUGCGCAUCAAGGACUUGACGAAGCUUUCUGAAGAAAACAUCGGGGAUAUAAGAUUGAAGCUUGUUGCUGAUCUCUUCUCAGAGUUAUUAGCACCGUAAUUUGACAAGUAAGGUAAAAAACGAGAGAAUGAGCAAGGAUGCAUAGAGGAGCAGAAAAGAGACAUUCCCUUUCUUGUUUGAAAUCAUUAGUUUGAUUUUUUUCUUAUUAAGCUAGACUGCAAUAUCAAAAUUUAUGGUUAAUAGAGUCCAGUGGUCAUUGCUUCAAUGUGUAAGUUUGAUGGUGUGUGGAACAUUACGCCACUCAGACGACACAAAAAACAUUGUUGUUUAGUUAUCCAUUUUAUAAAGGUUUUUAAAUAUCAUUUUCA